AAUGUAAGAGAGAUAUGUAUUCAUUCACCCGACAGUGCGCGUUUUUUCGUUAAUAUUAUCUGUAUUCUAAAAAUAGAAUUUUGCUUGGCAACUACUUUCCAAUUUUGUGAAAUUCAUUCAGUAUUCAUUUUGACAUACGAGGGAUAGGAAUCUUUUGAAGAUGGCUGAAUUCUUCACUUCGUUACCAUCUUUAAAGAUAUUUACGUCGAGUACUUGCGACGAUUGGGUAGAUCGACUUAACCAUGGAUACACGUGUCUGUUGCUGAUUUCUUUCGCCAUCUUGGUCAGCACCGCGCAUUUGGUUGGUUCCCCUAUAAAGUGUUGGGUACCAGCAGAAUAUGAUGACGUUGACGAGAACACGAAUCCGUACGAACAUUAUGUACAUAAUUAUUGCUGGAUGAAAAAUACAUACUACAUACCGAUGUUUGAAUCUAUACCCACAGACAUCAAACAGCGACAGGAAGAAGAAAUAACGUAUUACCAAUGGGUCCCUCUAAUUCUACUGAUUCAAGCAUUCUUUUUCAAAAUUCCUUUCCUUCAAUGGAAAUUACUUCAUACGAAUUCAGGACUGAAUCUUACCAACUUGUGCAAAACUGCAGAAAACACGCAAUGCUCUUCGCCAGAAAACCGCAAAGGAGCCAUUGAAUGUCUCGUUUUUGACCUGGAGAAAUGGAUACAAAGGCGCCAGCCGUUUAAACAUAAUUCUGCAGAACGCGUCAAGGCGCGGUUGUCACACAUUUGCUGUUUAUAUUGUAAUAAAAGGGAAGGAACGUUCCUGACUGGACUGUACUUGUUCACCAAAAUUCUGUAUGUUGUUAAUGUCGUUGGACAAAUUUUUCUCCUGAACGCCUUUAUAACUACUGAUCAUGGGAGCAUGUAUGGUCUGGAAUGGCUCGGAUCGUUUAGGACUGGAACUAAAGUCAUGGAAAGUCAACGAUUUCCUCGAGUUACACUUUGUGACCUAUAUAUACGCCAAAUGAAUAACGUACAAACGUUUACAGUUCAAUGUGUCUUACCGAUCAAUUUGUUCAAUGAGAAAAUAUUCCUGUUUAUAUGGUUUUGGUUUUGCCUCGUUGCCGUACUUAGUGCAUACAGCCUGAUAAAGUGGAUGAUCUUGGUUGUAAUUAAGAAGAACAAUUACGAAUAUGUUAAAAAAUAUCUGAAGUUGGGUGGAAAAGCGCUGCAGACGUCAGAGAAAGAGCUGUGUAAAAAGUUUGCCGAAAAAUAUUUAAGGGAUGACGGUUGUUUCGUAGCUAGAAUGGUUGGUAUGAAUUCUACCGACAUGGUCGUAAUGGACAUGUUAACAGAUGCAUUUACUGACUAUAAAGGGAGACAAAAACCCGACAUCUCUGACUAAGAUAUCGUCUGAAUUAACGUUCUUGAAUAAAAUAAAAAUAUCCAUUCUUAACAAGAGAAAUAUUUGUGCACUUUUAAAUCAUAAUCGCACACCAUCAAAGCGUGUUUGACAAAUAUAGUAGAGGAUUCUUUUGAUAUUUACCAGAAGGACACAUGAAACCAGAUAUACAUGUUGAAGGAACAUUUCCACAUUUUGUCAUUGCAACAGUUCCACAUUUUGUCAUUGCAACAGUUCCACAUUUUGUCAUUGCAACAGUUCCACAUUUUGCCAUUGAAACAUUUUGCCAUUGAUGAAACAUUUCUACAUGUAUGCCAUUAGAACAUUUCCAUAUUUGCCAUUGAAACAUUUCCAUAUUUUGCCAUUGAAACAUUUCCACAUGUUUGCCAUGAAACAUUUCCACAUGUUUCCCAAUGAAACAUUUCCUCGUGUUGCAAUUGCAACAGUUCCACAUUUUGGAACAUUUUGAAACUUUUCCACACUCUGCCAUUGAAACAUUUUGCCAUUGAUGAAACAUUUCUACAUGUAUGCCAUUAGAACAUUUCCAAAUUAAUGACAAAAAAACAUUUGCACAUGUACCCAUAAGAACAUUUUGACAUGUGUGCCAUGGGAAGAUAUUUACAUGAAUGUCAUGGGAAUAUUUUGUUAUGUGUUAACCAUGGGGAUAUUUCAGCUUGCUUGUCCACAUGUAUAACAUGGGGAAAAUUUUGACAAUACUAAUGUAUGCAUACGUAAACUUCGCCAUAAUAACAUUUUUAAUGUUUGUAACAAUAAUUUACAAUGUGAAAACCUUAUCGACGGAAACUCACGAAAAUUGUCGACAGUAUACGUAUUAUUGAUGUAUGUUAUAUUGUAAUGAAUUUUCAGAAAGUUCUUUUUUCUCAGUGACACUGGGUACGUACGUUACAUCAUAAGAAGAUAUUGCCAUCGGGUAAUUUAUUUGAUAAAUAAAAUGUAGGUGUAACAGAGGCAUAAUCAGCAACCUUCGGAUGUUAUGGGCUGAAUAAAUGCCCGAUCUUAUCAAUAAUUUAUAUACGCAUUGUUUUAUAAGUUAUCAUAUUUUUUUAUUAUCCCGUGUGAAGAAAUUGAAUGUUACCAUAUGGCACACGUUCCACAAUGCGACGGUCAUAAACUUUCUUUAAUAUAUUUCUCUUUUCGUCCCAAGAGUAGGCAUGAAUUUAAAUUUUCUGACUGCAUAAUGCCCAUAAACUGUCUUAAUCAGUGUUUAUUUAUCAACACAUUUCGCGUCUAUAAAUAUUCGGAGCGCCUACAAAAAGUAGGUCGGCGAGUAAAUCGUUAAUAAAACAAAUUAUGAAGAAAAACAACAACAACAAAAACAUCA